AUGCAGGUCCCAACUGUAACUCUGGAUGACCUUCAAGCCUUCCAAUCCAAGCACUUUCCUGGACAACAGCCAGCCGUGUUUCCCCAAGAAAAUGACCAGACCACAGACGAGGAUCUCGGUUAUUACCCAGACGGAAUUAAGCGCACACUCACAGAUGAGCAGAUUCGAAUUUUCAGACACAGUGAAAUCCAUGCCCUGCUGCGAGAGCGGCAGCUAAAGGCCGAGGAGGCGCAAUACCAAUCUCGGAUGCAGUCAUCCACAAAUCAUGGAUCAGAAGGUAGAACAGACGCUGCACCGGAAAAGCGACCUCGAGACUAUGACUCUCAAGCGCAAGGUAGAAAUCCGAAGCGGUCGCAGCCACGGAAAAGGUCUGACAGACACACCCCAGUGGGCAAGUCUUCAAAGCUCCUAAAAUACGGAGACGACUCCGAUCAACCACAGAUGGCAAGGCCAGCGGGGUCACAGAUGCCCUACCAAGGUCGUAGGAUUAUCUCCUACGAUGACUGA